AUGGCCAAAACACCUGCUUCGGCCAAGAAGCAACGCUCAAUCAGCGCUUUCUUCACCCCGCAGAAGCCGGCAACAACAAAGCUUCCGUCUCCGCCCCAAAGUCGCCCUCCAGAAGAGUCUACGCCCGUCAAAAGAAAGCUCCCCCAAUUCUCGCAUACAGCCAAUGGUAAUCUGACGGCUCCACCGAGCCCUAAGAGGCCCAGAAGUAAUUCAUCAUUAUCGUCAUCAUCAUCAAGUAAAGCACCUGAAAAGCUGCUUCCUAAACAGCUGAAAACAAAGCUCACGCCGUUGGAGAAACAGUUUGUGGAGCUCAAAAGAGCUCAUCCAGAUAAGAUCUUAGCAAUCCAGGUUGGCUACAAGUUCAAGUUUUUUGGAAAUGACGCCGUGGUAGCGCUGCAUCUUCUAAAUAUCAUGCUCAUUCGUGGGAACCUUGAAUUGGACGAGAGAACUCAUGACAGAUUUGCAUACUGCUCGAUUCCUGAUAACAGGCUCCAUGUGCACUUACAAAGACUUCUAAAUCACGGGAUGAAGGUUGGCGUUGUCAAGCAGACAGAGACUGCCGCCAUCAAGUCUGUGGAGUCCAAGCUGGGGCUUUUUGAAAGAAAGAUCACCGGUGUGUACACCAAGGCUACGUAUAUGGGAGACGAGAUGCUCACUGGUGAUCCUGCCAUUAAUCGAUCUAAUCAGGUAGACGAGUCCGGAAACAAUAAUGCCUACAUUGUAGCCAUACAUGAAGGAGAUGCUAGGAACACGGCCAUUGUUGCCGUCCAGCCCUUCACGGGUGACAUCAUCUACGAUGUGUUCACCGACAACAACACCAAAGAUGAACUAGAAACGCGUCUAGCGUACUUGAUGCCAUCUGAAGUGAUUUUGAUCCAUGCUGCGUCCUCAGUGAACCACGAGACGCAAAAAAUUGUAAAGAUCAGGAACCCAUCUGCUUUGAUUCAAUAUAGGGUUCAGAGGAAACAGCUGGAGGUGAGUGCCGGCCUUGAACAGUUUUUCAAGUCGACAAAGUCAUCUGCACAUCUAUCGGAAUAUUACCAGCUCAACUAUAAUGCUGCGGUGUGCCAAUGCGUUAACGAGUUAAUUUCCUAUCUUGAGGAAUUCCAGCUAAGCAAUGUGUUUACCAUCCCAUCAAACAUCUCAUCAUUCACUGAUUCAAGAAAAUAUAUGCUCUUGCCAGCCAACACGCUUCGAGCGCUAGAUAUAUUUGAGGUUGAAGAUAACCCUUCAUCCAGAACAGGAACGCUAGCGUGGCUCCUAAAUCGCACCAAGACCAAAAACGGAGCCAGACUACUCCAUAAGUGGAUUUAUAGGCCGCUUGUGGAGAAACACGAUAUCGAGGAGCGCCUCGAAGCAGUUGACACCCUUAGAAAGGGCAACUACGUUCACAUGAUAGAUGUUCUCAAAUCGACUAUUCUGAAAGUUGGGAAAGAAAACGUGGAUCUUGAUCGACUGCUCAUCAAAGUUCACUACUCUGCUGAGUACAAGAAUGACAAGAUUGCUAGAAAAGACGUAUACCUAAUGCUUCGAGGAUUUAGUGACAUCCUUGAAGUUUUUCUGAAGUUUGGUGGGAAGGGCCUAGCGGAAUUCAAAGCUUGCAGCUCAUCUUCAUACCUUCAAGAUUUAUUUGAGGAGAUGUUCAAGCUCUCACAGGAGUCUGUGGUUGAAGACUUACUUCGACAGGUGAACUCAGCCGCUGCAAUGGACGAAAACAAUGUUAGUGAUCAAAGAAUAAAGUUUUUUAAUUUGAACGACGAAAAGUUUGAUAACAUCCUCCACGAACAAGAGCAGAUAGCCAUGGUGGAGUCAGCAUUAGACCAAGAGCUAGCUUCUAUUAGAGCUUAUUUGAAGAGACCCCAACUCAAGUUCGUCACCAAUCUAAAGGACACCCACCUAAUCGAGGUACGAAAUGGAAAGAAUGUUGAUGCACUACCUCCUGACUGGAUAAAGAUCAGUGGGACGAAGUCUGUGUCUAGAUUCAGGACACCAGAGGUUGCAAAGUUGCAUAAGGAGCUUAGCUAUCACAAUGAAAUGCUUCAGAGAGCAUGCGACGAAUCUUUCAAUUCGUUUUUGAAGGAGAUCGACUCACACUAUGAGUACUUGCAUUCUGUUGUAAGCAAGGUGUCUAUCUUUGACUGUCUCCUCUCAUUGGCAGAGGUGGGAGCUGAUGACCAAACGUACACAAAACCUAACCUUGUCGAAAAGCAGGUCAUCGAUAUAGAAGAUGGGUACCACCCCAUACUUUAUGCUAUGGCACAAGAGUCUGUGUAUGUGCCCAAUGAUGUUACUCUCGCCCGAAAUGGCAACCGUGUAUUGAUCAUCACUGGUCCCAAUAUGGGCGGUAAGUCAUCCUACGUUAAGCAAGUGGCGCUUUUGGUGAUCAUGACCCAGAUAGGAGCUUUUAUUCCAUGCAAGUCUGCUACAUUGGGAGUGUUCGAUUCCGUGUACAUUCGUAUGGGGGCUUCGGACAACAUUCUAAGGGGGAAAUCAACCUUCAUGGUGGAAAUGACAGAAUCUGCAAAUAUAAUCAAUAGCUUCACUUCGAAGUCAUUAGUGAUUUUGGAUGAAAUUGGUCGUGGUACAGGUACAAGUGAUGGCAUUGCCCUCGCGGACUCAAUUUUAAGGUACAUAAUUGAAAGUGACGAGAAGCCAGUGACCCUUUUCAUUACGCACUAUCCAUCGUUGCAUGUUUUGGAAAGAGAAUUUGAUAAUGUGAAAAAUUACCAUAUGGCAUUUGUGGAAACCAAUAGAGGCCCAGAUCAUCAAAAUGAGUGGCCUGAAGUGGUCUUCUUGUACAAGCUAGUGCAAGGUGUUGUGUCCAAUUCUUACGGAUUGAACGUUGCAAAGCUUGCAGGAAUUCCACUUGAUGUGAUAAAGAGGGCUCAUGAAAUGUCUGAGGCUAUGAAAAGAGAAGUGGAGUUGAAAAAUUGGAUCAACGUUUUACACAACAUGAACGGACAUGCCGCUGAGGCUUUACUGAGUUUGGUGCAUCUGAUUUAA